AGUAAGAUGGCGGUUCAGUUGUGCUCUGGCGUCCGUCUGAGCUGCUAGGCCUGUGACACCGCGCUUCGGCUAUCCCUCAUUUUUCUGUUCUAUCUUUGUUUAUUUACCGUUUUUGCGCCACUAAAAUGGAGAUGAAAAAGAGGAUUACCGAGGAGCUGGGCGGCAGGAAACCAGCCGAGGUGGUGGAGCUGCUCCUGGAUAGCUGUGUCUCUGCAGACGGAGAGCUGGAUGGUCUGAGUGAGGACUUUUCUGCUCUGGAGGUCCUGAGUCUGUGUAACACCGGCCUCAAGAGCCUGAGCAAGAUGCCCUCUCUGCCCAAACUGAAGCGGUUGGAGCUGAGUGAUAACGCGCUCUCCUCGGGGUUAGAGGUUCUGGUUGAAAAGUGUCCUGCUCUGACCUACCUGAACCUGAGCGGCAACAGCAUCAAGGACCUGAGCGCCAUCAAGGGGCUGCAGAAGCUCCCCGCUCUCCAGUCUCUGGACCUGGAGGAGGAUGAAGAGGAUGAAGAGUCAUGGAGAGAGAAAGUGUUUGAGUUGCUGCCUCAGAUCUGCUUCUUAAACGGCUUCGACCAGGACCACAACCAGGCCCCUGAUGACGAUGAUGAUGAUGAGGCUGGUCCCCAUGACGAUGACGAUGACGAUGACGAAGACGACGAAGAUGAGGACGAAGGUUCAGAGGACGAAGAGGUCGGACUGUCCUACCUCAUGAGGGAGGGCAUCCAGGAUGAAGAAGAUGAUGGAGAUUACGUGGAGGAGGAAGAAGAGGAGGAGGAUGGAGAUGAGGACGCGCUCCGAGGCGAGAAGAGGAAGAGAGACGCGGAAGAUGACGAUGACGAUGACGAGUGACCCCGCCCCCAGCCACCCUCAGCCUAUCAGAGCCCACGAACCAACCCCGCCAGCCAAUUAGAGCCAGGAACCCAACCGCCCUCACCCAAUCAGAGCCAGGAACCAGAGCCUGUCAUCCAAUCAGAACCACGCCACACAUGGACUCCACUUCCCAUAAUGCACUGCUAUCUGUACAGUCUGGAGUUAUGGUUUUAAAUGUAAAAGCUCACAGCACCCUCCACUGACCAAGGACCUGUUUUAGUUUGUCAAUGGGAGUUCAAAACAAAACAAAAAAUGAUUUUCUUAAACCGUUUUCUGAUCUGUUCUAAUGUAGUUUCCUCAUCACAACACACCUGGAGUUGUUUUUUUUUUCAUUUGCACAUGUUUAACUCACAAACCCUGCACAUUUAGGCUGAGUUCGUCAAAAAACACUUGUGUUGUCAUGUGCUCCACUGUGUUUUUUAAACUCCAAACAUCUUCACUAGAAUCAUUUGGAUAAUUUCAGACCUGAAAUUGUUCAUCUUUACGGAACUAAAGGUAGAAGGAGCUGUUCAGAGCAUUUGGAGCUUUGCAGAUGUAGACGGACUAAUAAUACAGAGUUACUCAAACAUGUGUGAAUGAAACAAAACACAACUCCAGGUCUGUUUUUGAUGUGGGAACAACAAAUAUUUCUGAAAAGACUGAUUCUUGAGCCUUUUAUGAUCUAAUCGAUUAAUCAAAUGAAAUAAUUGCUAGGCUAAUUGAUCACGAAAAUAAUGGUUAGUUGCAGCCCUAUGUUUUUCUCGCCAGGUCUAAGUCACUAAUGUUGUAAGUGACAUUUAUUGGACCAUUUCGAGCUUAUGCAUUUCAAAUAGUUCUUUUCAGUGAUAUCCGAGGUUUGAGUUCAUGUUUCGAAGUUGAGUUUGCUCUGGAGGGCGCUGUGAGCAUCAGAAUUGGAGGCUUCCAAACACAACUGUCAUGAAUAAUCAGGGAAAACAUGAGUCCACAUUUAGAGCCACCUCCUCCAGAUCAGCUCCAGUCCAGCUCUAGUCCAGCGCCAGACUCCUCCACAGCCGUUCAGACCCUUUAAGUCCAGUGUCGUCACAAGAGAGCGCCCCCUGGAGUCCAGUUUGCUCUCACGUAUGACCCAUCCACAGAAGCGUUGAGUUUGAUCAUGGUUUUAAAGAUUUAUCAAAUGUGCUGUUCUCAGAAUCAGGUCUGACCCAGAGAGUCCUACAUUUCCCGCAAUCCCCCUGUCCUACCCUGCCGGGCGAGUGGCUCGAUGGCGCCCCCUCUCUGUAAAUAGAUCUGUGUGCGUCUGUAGUUUGUGUCGUGUUUUUAUUAUUUUAUUUUUUUAUUCCCGUGUGACGUCAUCAGAGUUUUGGAAUAAAAAUGACUGGAUUCUA